AUGGCAGAACCUCCAAGGAUAUUACUGUAUGCUGAGCUGCUUUCCAACAUCCGUCAAGUGUCUGUCGGUUGCUCACUUCCCUCGCCGUGCUCCGCAAGCACUGAGGCAAGUGUCUCGACAGAUGGGCGCCGGCUCACCAUUCGGCAUCAAGGUGAAGAUUGCACUAUCCAGCUGCCAAAGGAAGUGGCAGUAACGCAAACAUUACCAAUUCAGAAGCAGAGUUCCAAAAGUCUCUCAUGGCGGCUUCCCAUAUCGCCGAUAUCUUCCAAGGAAACGGUUUCUUCACAUCUAGAUUCCCAGAUAGUGCCAUGGUCAGCUUUUGAUCUCCAACCAGCCUCUGCGGUAAAGUGCAGGAAUUGUCAAACCAUCGUCGUCGACGACGGGAAGCUCAAGGUAUGGAAGGAUCUCCCAAGUGAGAACUGGGCAGAGAUGAUGGAGUUCUGGCAUUGCCAUAAACCCGACGACCACGAUCAUGAUCACGGCCAUUCCGGAAACGAAGAGCACCUUGCUGGCAGAGGCUACGGUGCCAACUCACGUCUCUCGGGACAGGCGGGGACAGGCUUCGUCGACUUGACGUCUUUCCUGUUUUUUGAAGAAGACUGCACAAAUCUGAAGACAACAACUACUGGUGCAAGUACUACGGUUGGCGUUCCCGGCUCGGUGAAGCAAGGCACUCCGGCGAGCUGCGCCAAUUGCCACACCGAGAUUGGCGUGCUUCACGAAGAAACGGCCUCGGUUACUCUUUAUAAAUGGCAACUGGCCAUCUCGUCGCCGGCUGCCGACCCACAAGCACAACCCAGUCUCUCGAUCUGCGUGGCCGCGAUGCUCGCCUCGACGCUUUCGCGGUCGGGGUGCUCCAAGUCUGUCAUACUACCCCUGGGCAGCUCCUAUGCGUCAUCCCCAGAUCGUCUGUUGCUAAUCUGGCUCUUCAACGGAGAUAUUACUUUUACCUCAUCCGCCCUGGAUAGCGAACGUUCAGUCGGCGGUGUCAAGGUCCUGUACCAAUAUGUCACGAAGGAGGAAGCAGAGCGGAUGAGCGAGUCACUGGUAUCGAAUGUACAAGACGUCUCCCUGCCGGGUAUGGCAAUAGAUGACCUAAAGCAGCUGCUGGGAAGAAGUCAAGGGUGGUUGCCCGAGGGAGAUCGACGGUUUAGGGAUUGGACUGUUGGUUUGCUGGAAAAAUGGAAUGGUCGAUAA